CGAAGCUACAUUCCCUGGCACAAAGCAGCAUAUUUCUAUAACCAUGACUUCUACUGGCUUUGACCCUUAUCUACCUUCUACUUACAAGAGGAGAGUGGUUGUGCGCAAUGCAGGAUAUGGAGCCAGAGAAGGAAUUGGACCCAGGUCUGCUUACUCCAUUUACUCAACCCCAAUAACAUCCUAUGUAUCUUCACGCAGAAGUUAUUCAAUACCCACCAGAGCUCCUUCAAGCUACUCCCCCAUCCUUCCUACUGCAGCUGCCACUGAGCUGCGCCUUGAGCCAGCAGUCCAAGCUAGCUCUGAGUUGAAAAAGCUGAGGACCCAGGAGAAGGCUGAGCUUCAGGACCUCAAUGAUCGCUUUGCAAGCUUUAUUGAGAGGGUCCAUGAGCUGGAGCAGCAGAACAAGUUACUGGAGACGGAGCUGCUGCUGAUUAGGCAGAAGCAGGCAGAGCCCUCUAAUCUUCGGGCCCUAUAUGAAAAUGAAAUCUGCCAGCUCCGUGCUGCAGUUGAAGAGGCCCGCCAUGAAAAGCAAGCAGCCCAGGACCACAGAAAUGAGAUGGAGGACGUGCUAAAGAACCUGGAGAAGCGCUAUGAGGAUGAAGUCCUUGGCAGGGAGGAAGCAGAGGGGCGGUUCAUGGAUGCCAGGAAAGGAGCAGAUGAAGCCGUACCGGGCCAGGCUGAGCUUGAGAAAAGGGUUGGCAACCUCCUUGACGAGUUGGCCUUCCUGAAGCGCCUCUACGAGAGUGAUAUCGCUGAACUGCAGGCACAAAUUCAAUACAGUGUGGAGGUGGCAGUGGAGAUGGAGGUCUCCAAGCCAAACCUCUCCUCUGCUCUCCGUGACAUUCGGGGCCAGUACGAGACAAUGGCACAACGCAACCUACAAGCAGCAGAAGAUUGGUUCUGCAACAAGAUGAGCGUAAUGACUGUUGGCUCUACGCGCACUACAGAAAGCACACGCAGCGCCAAAGACAAAGCUGCAGAGUACCGUCGGCUGCUCAAAGACAGAACCCUGGAGACUGAUGCCUGCCGGGAGAUGAUCCAGGCUCUGGAAAACCAGCUGCAGGAGGUGGAGGAGAAACAGAGUACUGAGAUCUCUGCAUUGCAGGACACAAUAAGUCAACUGGAGGAGGAAUUAAGGGCAAACAAGAACAACACGGCAUGCUACCUAAAAGAUUAUCAAGACCUCUUGAAUGUAAAGAUGGCAUUGGAUAUUGAGAUUGCAGCAUACAGGAAGCUUUUGGAAGGAGAGGAGAGUCGCUUGAAUGUGCCAAAACCAGGAUCCUUUACAGUUUACUCUCAGACCAUGGGUCCUGCUCCAGUGUAUGGAAGAGUGCAGGUCUCUACGCAGUCUCUGUUGAGCUCUGCAGCUCCAUACCUGCUGAGCUCUCGCUUGUAUUCACCAUUGCUUUGCACCGAUGCCAUAACUUCAAGCCAAGCCCAGCAGGCGGAGGCCAGCCCUCCUAAAGAGGAAGAGGAGGAGGGAGAACAGGUGGAAGAGGAGGAUUGGGAGGAAGAAGAGAAGGAAAUGGCUGAUGAGAAGGAGGAGGAAGAAAAGGCUCAGGAGGAGGAGGAGGAGAGAGAGGAAGGGGUAGAGAAAUCAGAAGAGGGAGCAGAGGAAGCAAAAGGAGAAGACGAAGGGGAUCAUGAAGAUGAGGGCUAAGAUGAAAAAGAGGAGGAAGAGGAAGAAGAAAGCCAACCUCAAGAGGAAGAUGACACUGAGCAAAAAGAAGGUGAUGAAGAGGCUGUAAAGGAGAAGGAAGAAGGUGGAAAAAAAACAAAAGAAAAGGUGGAUACUGAAAAGAUAACUGCAAAACCAACUGAUAAGAAAGUUUAGACUGACGAGUCAAAGUGUUUUGGUGCUCAAAAUGCAGAGAUACCUCAUUAAAAAGAUGCAAACCUCAUACACUUGGAGGUUUCGGUCAUCGAGGCCUUUUUAUGUUUUACUUGAGCCACUAACAGCAUGUUUGCAGAUGUUUACAGGGCGAAAGCUCGUAAUGCAAUUAAUAAAGACAAGGGAAGUCAGAAUAGACUUUGCUGUCUGCGAAAUUGUUAGCAGGUGCUUUAACUGUCACCAAAAUGUGUUUAUCCAACUGUCUUUAGGAGCAAUGUUCAGUUUAAAAAUGCCUCACCUCAACUGCCCACUGAGUGCUUUGAGUCUCAAAAUGUGCUGUAUUAAACUCCAAUAAAGCCUUGAAGCAUUGUCAACCUGAA